AUGGAAUAUGACACAACAAUAAAUAACAACGUCCCUUCAGCGGCUGCACAGGACACGUGGUCUUGGGAGCAGUACCUGACAGCACAGAAGGCUAUUAUAGCAGCACCUGUGGAACUGUUUUCUAAGGACCAAUCCUUUCCAGAAUAUGAAAAUGGUUUUCAGGUUGGGAUGCGAUUGGAAGACAUCGAUCCCCUACAUCCGUCUGUAUUCUGCAUGCUUUCUGUAGCUGAGGUGUGUGGAUACCAUCUGCAACUUUGCUUUGAUGGUUAUUUAAGUUGCUAUGAUUUUUGGACCAAUGCUGGUUCCCCUGACAUACAUCAAGUGGGGUGGUGUGAAAAGACCAAGCAUGAAUUGCACAUCCCCAAUGGUUAUAGAAAAGAUAAAUUUGUUUGGAUGGAUUACUUGAAUGCCUGCAAAUUGCAAAAUGCUCCCAAGAACUUAUUCAGAAGCAGAAGCUCUGACUGGUCAGUGCCCAGGGAGCUCCAGGUUGGGAUGAUGCAGGCUGUGGACAGGAAGAGCCCUGCCUUGGUGUGUGUGGCAACCAUAGCAGACAUUGUCGAAGACCGCGUGCGGGUGCGUUUUGACAAUUGGGAAGAUAGUUACAAUUACUGGUGUGAUGUUAAUAGUUCUUACACCCAGCCAGUUGGUUGGUGUCAACAGAAUGGAAGAACUCUGAUUGCACUGCAAGAUUAUCCUGAUCCAGAAAAAUUUUCCUGGAUAGAAUAUUUGGAAGCUACUCAAACUACUGCAGUUCCUGCCAAAGUUUUUAGAAUGGAAUAUCUGAAUUGUUGAAUUUUUGCACAUGGUUUUCUGCCCAACAUGAGACUUGAAAUUGUGGAUAAACGAAACCCCAGGUUAAUCUGUGGUGCUACAGUUAUAGAUGUCGAUGACCAAAGAAUAAAGGUUCGUUUUGAUGGCUGGGGCCAUAAAUAUGACUACUGGAUGGAUGUAGACAGCCCUGACAUUCACCCUGUUGGGUGGUGUGAUGUCACAGGGCAUCCGCUGGAAGUACCACAUCAUGAGUGACCAAAUGAUGUGAAAAUCCUGCCAGGUCAAGCUGUUUGUCCCACUCCAGGGUGCCAAGGAAUAGGCCAUAUCCACCAUCCAUGUUAUUCAAGACAUCACAGUGCUUUUGGCUGCCCAUAUUCAGACAUGAACUUGAAAAAGGAGGCAACGCAUGAUCAUCUCAGAGAACAAACACGUGAAAAUUUGGUAGACUCCUCACAUUCAGAAUCGAAAAACCUCGGUAGUUUGAAUUUCAGUGGAAAACAUGAAAAGGUGACCAGCCAGCCCAGACUUGUACAGCAGGCAAAGUGUUUGAAAAUCAAAGAAAAAGAAGAUAUUGAUUUGGAUAAUCUCUUCAGAGUUCUUGUAAUACACAAGCAUGGCAUUGAGUACUGAGCAGAGCAUAGGCAGCAGACGCUCCACCAGUUGGUCUUCAUGGCAUCCAUGUCAACCCACCCUUUCCAGGACCUUCCCCUGGGCAGAGAUCAGCACUGCAAGCUGCUUUCCAGUGUGGCAGAUGUACGGGCCAGCAAGGUGGCCCACUGGACUGCGGAUGUGGUAGCUGGGUUCGUACAGUCCCUUAUGGGCUGUGAAGAGCAUGCCAAGUGCUUCAAGGAAGAGUAGAUUGAUGGCAAAGCCUUCCUGCUUCUGACACAGACAGACAUUGUCAAGGUGAUGAAGAUCAAACUUGGCCCAACCCUGAAGAUUUAUAAUUCCAUCCUGAUAUUUAGGAAUUGCCAGGACCUCAGUGAAGAAGACACUGCCUUAGGCCAAGGCAUCCGUGGGUAAACAUAUUCACUGACCUUUUCCUGGCACCAGGACCUGUGUUCUUCCAGCAAUAAAAUUGGUGUGAAUUGAUUUGAUUUUAACGUUCCACACAGUCAUAUCCAUAUUUAAUCUGGACAUUUUAAAAUGUCAGUGGUUUAUGUUCAGAAGAUUGUGAUGACUGACCAAGUGCCAGCAGCUCAGA